AGCUUCCUUUUUUUGGCUCGAGCCGUCACGGCCCGGUCGCCUCGUUCGCAGGGCUGCUGUGCGAAUUGCCUGCUUCGGCUGCACGUCAGCCCAGGCAUACCCGCGCCCGCGUUUUGAACAUUCACUACGGGAGAUGUUUCCUCGGUUUCGACCUCCAGGGGCCCUCGCCGGGCCCCGGGACCGUCCAAAGCUGUCUGGGAUGAAUAUCCGGCCCUGGGAAGAGUGCCGGGACUUCCAGGGACCACGUGUCGAACACGUCAAUGCGUCGGAUGCCUGGUAGAGUGACCCUUCGCAGGAGCGACCCGUUGUGCGGUCGCGCAGGAUCUCCCAGCACUGGCCUGCGCGCUUGGACGUGACCCCGUCGCGGCCCCCGAAAGCCGCGCACGAAAGGUCGUCCCUGCCCAGGCUCGCUCUUGCGCUCUUGCGUGUAGGCGACUGCUGUAAAGUCUCAGGGCUUCCAGUGGGAGCUGGGUAAGUGGCUCUUCCUCCCUCUCCUGCUCCGCAUUCUCCUUCGUCUCUUCCUCCUCAUUCUCCCCCCUCCCUUCCCCUCACCCCCUCCGCCUUCUGAUUUACCUCGCUUGCCACAGUCCCUGAGACAGCAUACUCGCGGUAAUGGAAGCAUCAAGUUACAUUCCGCUCACAUUUUUUGAGCGACAUUUCGCGGCGUCGUUGAAGCCCAUCUAUGCGGUAAGUUUCUACCUCGAAUGCGCCGCUCCACCAGUUGACUUUCUUCGGCAGCGUGUUGCUGAUAUUGUGCAACUGAAUCCAUGGCUUGUGUCGAGCAUGGUGGAUCAUCCAGAAGCGGGAAUCGCUGAUCAAUUAUGUUUUCCUUCAAACGGUCCAUGGCCUGAUUGUUUUCAUGUGGUGACGUCGGGUUCUUGCGGUUUGAGCGCUCAGGCGCCAUACGGGGAAAUAGCGGAAUGUGUUGUACAUGCAUGCGAAAACACUCGCGGACCUGCGGAGUUGUGCGCAGCUGGGUUUCGAGUGGUUAUGGUCUCUGAGCUUGCUGCGGAUGGUAUUGCUCUUAUCAUGAAAUUAAGCCACGUGUUCGGUGACGGCGCUACGUUUUAUAAAUUAUUCAACAUGAUGUCCGUCGAUGCAGUGGCAGUCUCGUUGCUCAGAAGCCCAAUCGAGGAGUUCACAUGUUGCGAAAAGGCUGCACUUGGUGCGGAUGAGCAGUAUUUCAUGACAGCCGGAGAUGUUUGUACUGGUUUUAGAGUGAACGAGAAAGCGUCAGCGAGUGUACAUGCUUUCGCGAUUGACAUGGAGGCUGUUGCGUGUGCGAAGUCGUGUGCCCUUGGCGCCCAUCCCGAGGUUAACGCACUGUCGUCAAAUGAUAUAAUCACCGCAGCGUUCUUGCAAGCAUCGCAGUGCAGUUGGGCAGUGAUGCCUGUAGAUCUUCGUCAUCGCCUGGAGUGUUUACGGGGUCUUCAGUCUUUUCUUGCUGGCAACUACGCGAACGAGAUUGUUCUUUUACCGACGGAUUUCUCUUCACCAGUGGGCAUCCGCAGCGUUGUAGAGAGUUUGCGAAGAGGAAAGUCUACGCCACUCCCGAGCAUCGAGAUGCAGCAGAGCGGUGACGUUUCGUGUGUCACCAACGUGGGGACUUUUGCAGCAGAGCGCGGCGUGCAGCUUCCAGGGUGCACGCUUUCACUUCAUUUGCCAAUGAGGCCGCUUCCGCUAAUUUGGCGAGAUAUUGCAUACAUCUUUCGUCCACGUCCUCACACUUUGGGGAUCAUCUGUGCCGGGCACGGAUUGAGCUGCAGCGAGACAAGCUUGCGACAGAGCGCCAUCGGGAAGUUUCUCGGGCCACGCCUUUGAAGUGGCAAGGUCCGUAUGGUCACUCACAAUCAGUGAAAAGCGUGGGUGAUUGCGGAAGUCUCAGCAGCUGCCCCUGAUCUUUGGGAUGCUUGGAUCGAGUGUUUUAGGUACCGCCUUGAUUUCGGUCAGACCUGGACACCCGGCGAGGCCAGAAACUCUCGUGUUGCAUUGCUGUGCCCCUCCGGACAGCCUUGGCUUCGAGAAUCGCGCCCUAACGUAACAAAGAAGACAUCGGCACCGCGGCGGCGGCGAAUCUCCCAGACCAUGGACAGGCGCAGUAGUUUCUGCGCCCAGCGAAGACAAGUGCGCAAGCGACCGAAACCGACUCCCUGCAAGCAUGUUUCCCGCAUGCACGUCCUUUUGAAG